GACUUUGGAAGACAACUUGCAAUGUUCUUUGCAUAGUGUUCUUAGCACUGGCAGAUAUAUCCUGAGCCAGCAGCCAUCGUAUAGGUUUUUGUGCAAUUUCCAGCCAUGUCGGAAGGCAAGGCAUUGAAAGUCCGAGUGACUUUUGUUAUUAUUUUAGUUGGCGUUGCCUUACUGUUUACAGCUGUGGUGACGGAUCACUGGGCUGUGCUGAGUCCUAAGGUGGAGAAGUACAAUGAUACUUGUGAAGCAGCUCACUUUGGGCUAUGGCGGCUCUGUACAAAAAGGAUCUACGUACAAGAAGGAGAGCCAGGCAAGGAGAAGGGCUGUGGGCCAAUCAGCCUACCAGGAGAACGCAACUGUUCCUACUUCAAACACUUUGCCCCAGGAGAGAGCACAGAAAUAUUUGAAGUAACAACACAGAGAGAAUACAGCAUUUCUGCAGCAGCCAUUGCGAUCUUCAGUGUUGGGUUUUCCAUCAUCGGAACACUUUGUGUCCUCUUAUCCUUCAGAAAAAAGAUGGAUUAUCUCCUUAGACCAGCAUCUAUGUUUUACACCUUUUCAGGCCUGUGCAUUAUCAUUUCUGUGGAAGUCAUGAGGCAGUCUGUCAAAAGGAUGAUUGACAGUGAUGAAACUAUCUGGAUCGAGUACUACUACUCUUGGUCUUUUGCCUGUGCCUGUGCUUCUUUUGUCCUUCUGUUCAUCUGUGGGAUUGCUCUUCUGUUCAUCUCCUUACCUCGUAUUCCCCGGAACCCUUGGGAGACCUGUAUGGAUGCUGAACCAGAGCAUUAAAUAACUUCUCAGGUUAUCACUUAAGAAUGAUCAUCCGACCCCCAGCAAUCAACUAUAGUUUGAAGACAAUUUAAGAUGACAGAAGAAUUUUUGGGUGACAUCUGCAUGUUAUCUGGGUAACAUCUGCCUAUAAAAUCAAAGGAGAAUUUCAUAUAAUGUACUCUUUAACAAGUAAAAAGGGUUAAAGUUACCAAUUAAGAGUGCAAUUUUGGUAACAUAUACACAUUCUACAUAGCUUUGGGUUUGCAAUUCCCCUAUUGUGUACUUGAGAGAUUCAGUUGUGCAUAGAAGAAAAAUAUUGUCCAAGAAGGAAGUUCAACCCCUAAUGGGGGCAUAGAAAGUUUAAAAAAUAGUCUUGGAUGAUAUAAAAUCAUAUCCUUGCUGCUGUAUGCGAAUGAUUCAAUCCUUAUCUCCCAUACCGAGAUUGGCCUGAAUAGACUGAGAUGUUUUUCAAACUAUUGCCUAAUGAGGAGUUGCAAAUAAACUAUAACAAAUCUAAAAUCUUGCUUUUCUCUAAAAAUGGCAAUCUGGGUCUUUCCAAAUGGACUCUAGCAAACUCAGACAUUGAAUAAAUCAGGAAUUUCUGCUACCUGGGAAUUGUUUUUUUCUUCAAACCUUUCUUACCACUGUAAAUUUGCUCUGAAUAAGGUUAAGCCUGCUUCUGGGAGAUUUCUCACUUCUUCUUUUCAAGGGGAGGAGAAUAUCCCCAGUGCUAUUCAGGUGUUCAACUCUAAAAUAAUACCCCAGCUAUUUUAUGGUGUCACUAUCUGGAUUUCAGUGAUCUCAGAAUCUUUUGAUCAUCCCCUAUGCCAGCUUAUGCAUAGGAUAAUAGGAAUCCCCCAGUGCAUCUCAAAUGCAUCUCUCAGAGCUGAACCCGGCCAAAAAUCAUUGGAAGCCAGAGCAUGUUUCAGCACUUUUAAGCUAAGGCUAAGGAUUCUUUUUACUUUGGAAGCUGAAGGUCUCCUGUUAUUUCUUAAAUGAGAUGCUUAACAUUCUCAAUGGAUGAAUACAGUAAAUGAUAGAUUAAGGCAGCUGGAAUGUACAACCGAAGAUUUCUUUUUGCUAGGUAAGGCAAAGACCUUUUCGCUUGUCCAGCAUCGAUCUACAGAGCUGGAUUACAAGAGCACAGUGAUUCACUCUUGCAGAGUCUGCUCAAGUCAAUUCUUUGGUAUCUUACCUCCUCAGGCUCCUCACAUGAGAUGACUAAUAGCCUCCCACCUUGUUAGGACAAUAAUUUUAGCUCACCUUAAUGCUAUCCCCUCCAAAGUACUACAGGGCAAAUUCUGUUGUAUUCCAUAUUCAGAUUAUCUCUGCCCGUGUGGAUUGUCAUUUUUUACAAUUUUAUGAACAGUUGGAUCUCACUGCUCUUAACAUGUUUCUCAUUUAAUAAACUUCAAGGGGAUAAUAUUCCCUAUUUGAUGUUAGACAGUGACCCAAACACAACCUAUUUGGUUGCUAAUUUCUAUCAUAUCUUCCUUUAGUAAACAACAUAUUAUUCUUUUAGUCAUUGCUCAAGAUAAUCUCAUCAUAGGAGCUUUGAAAAGGUGGAAGAAGAAGAAGAAGAUACAAGUCUAGUAGCUACUUAGAGACCAUCAAGAUUUUCAGGGUAUAUUCAGAGAGCGUUUACUCUUGAAAACUCAUGCUCACGUUCAGGGGACAGAAAUCAGUUUAAAAUUAACAAACUAAGUGAAAAUGGAUGCAACCAGCAUCUCUGUUGUGGGACUGUGAUGGAUUAGUUUUCUUUAAGCAACAUUGAAUUCGAGAGAAAUGAAGACCCAGAUAAGAGGGAAAGUAAUUUCAAUAAAAUAUAGUGAACUUCUUGGCUGUUAUUUACUUGUAUUGAGUGUUGGACAAUCCCUACACUUCCCCCCACCAAUGUCUGUUGCAUUACCCAUACAAUUAUUUUUAAUGCUUAUUCUUACCAGCUCGAUUUUAUA